CUAGCAAUGUGUUCCAUUUGUUGUCGGUCUGUGCACAGCAUCCCUAGAAGUGCAAAAUUAAUUGGACAGCCUGCGAGGCAAUAGGACAUUUUGGAUGGGUAUAAAAGCGGCGACGACUGUUGGAUAACUUAUAGAACGCAAAAUGAAUCCGAAGAGUGAAGUCCUCAUUGCUGCAGUGCUCUUCUUCCUGCUGGCCUGUGUGGAGUGUCAACUGACAUUCUCGCCGAAUUGGGGCAAACGGUCUGUGGACGGUGGAGCUGGUGGUGUUGGUGGUGGCAGUGGUGCCGGUGGCUUCUUUGAGUCGCAGCAGGGCAACUGCAAAACAUCCAACGAGAUGCUGCUGGAGAUCUUUCGCUUUGUCCAAUCGCAGGCACAACUCUUUCUCGACUGCAAGCACAGGGAGUAGGCGCAAGGAUUCAAUCGGAUCACACUCGAUGCCUGCAAGCCUGUUUACCCAAUGAUCAUAAUAUU